AAUCACCUUUGUUGUUACUAUGGUGAGCUGGCCAUGUCUCAGAGGAAAAAAUAUAAAUUUCAAAGAACUCAGAGCUCAGUGUCGGAACACUGCUGUGUACCGUUAUGUACAGCAUCCAGUAAGUACAACUCUGCGCUUAGUUUUCACACGUUUCCGUGUGAUGUAGAAACCAGACGAAAGUGGAUUGUUGCAAUCCGAAGAGUUUACCUAGUUGUUACCCCCCAUACUCGGGUUUGCAGCAGACACUUCCCAGAGGGGGAUUUUCGUGAGUCCUCCUCUGUGGCAGGGAGAAGACUGCUGAAGAAGGGAGUGGUUCCUUCGUUGUUUGAGUGGAACAAUUUCUUACUUCCACCCUGGAGACUAGGAAUGUUGGAAAGGAGAGAGCGGCAGACACUGGCAGAGGAUGGUCACACAUUUAGGACUAAGGCAGCUACCUGGGACCAUGACUAUGCAGCAGCCCCAGAUCCUGCAGUGGUUGAUUUAGCUAUUGAAGAAAAUGAGGCCCUUAGAGCUGAAAUCAAUCACCUUAAAAAACAACUUGAAGGUCUACAUAUGAUGCAGCGGUUUGGGAUUCAUCGGUUUGCUGCCUCAGACAGCGACAUCCGCUUUUUCACAAGGUUUGCAUCUUAUGACCUCCUGAUCCACUUCUGGGCCUUAAUAGAGCCCUCCCUACCAUCUAUGCUCUGUUUGACUCAAGCACAGGGAGAUACCUUCUCAGAGCCCUCUUGCCCUGCUGCUCACUCCCUUCAGCCCAUCGAUGAAAUGUUCAUGUUCUUGAACUAUCUUGCGCUGGGAUCCAAGCAACGUGACCUCGCUGACAGGUAUGGAGUCCACCAGUGGACAGUCAGUCGCAUCAUUAGAACAUGGAGCAACAUCUUGUACGUUUUACUGGGAUCAGUGAAGAUCUGGAUACCAGAGGAGAAAAUAAGGGAACAUCUCCCUGCAGAGUUUAAGGACUAUGCAGACACCAUGGUCAUCUUGGGCUGCCCAGAGCUUAAAUACCAGUGUCCAUCAUCAACUCUUCGCCAGUCAUCUGAAGUUUUCUCUUCUUACAAGUCCCACUGCACCCUCAAAGGGCUGCUUGGAGUUGCACCUCAUGGGGCAGUUACCUUUAUUUCUCCAUUGCAUGCAGGGUCAACCAGUGAUAAGCAGAUCAUGUGGGAGUCUGGAAUCCUUUCCCUUCUGAAGCCUGGGAUGGCCGUCAUGGUGGACAAGGGUUUUCUGGUUGAUGACUUUGUGCCAUGUAAAAUCUACAGGCCGGCAUUUCUCUCUGGCAGAUCCCAGAAGCCUGCCUGUGAGGUCACGGAGCCCCAGGCCAUAAGGGUGCAUGUGGAGCGAGUUAUAUGGCGAGUGAAAGAACACAAGUUCUUUGACACUGAGAUUCCCCUCCAGCUUUUUGGCAACAUUAAUCAGCUCUACACCGUUGCAUGUCUCCUGACCAACUAUGAAAAUGGGCCACUCAUAAAGUUUCGGCCAAAAAAAUAGAGUAUAUUCUGUAUUAAGGCUGCAGCAAUUACUAUCAUUGAUUAUUGUUGAUUAUUUUUUACAUGUGUUAAUUAGUUGUUUGUUUUUGUAUAAAAAUAUAUUGUUUUAGAAAACUAACAGUCUAUCAUCGAAAUAGUUGCAUAUUGUUUUCUGUCAGUAAACUAGUUGCCAUAGCCCUUCAAGAAUCAGUUAUAUAUGCCAUGUUUGUGUUUUCACAUGAAGAAUUUGACUCCAAAUCAUAUUUACUAUUAUGCCUACAUACUUCUCAUAUUCUGAUGCCUUCUUAGUAUGAUUCCAGGUUGGGUAUUCCUUCCCUACAAGUGUUUAUACCAACAUCUGAGCAACAGAUCUCUGUAAUUGUAUAGAGACCUAUUUGACAUUAAUAAAUGGAUGAAUAAUCGUUAUGGGGCUGCAUUGGCAGCUUCGCCAAAGUUGUU